AGGUGUAAUGCAUGAUGGGAAAUAGGUCGUCAGCGGGGCCAGUUUUCUGCGAAGCUGUAUUUGUGCGCCAGCCAGCCAGGCUUUUUUCCUCUGUAGAUGGAAGAACAGGGGCGCUGAAACAGAAAUGGAUUGAAAUGAAUUCAUCAGACCCGUGCUGCAACGACUCUGGCUAUGAUAGCCGCAGUGCACAGCCUCGUCAGCUAUUUUAAGAUGCAACCCUCCUGCCUCUAAGCAGCAUGCCUUAUGGGAUUAUUCCUUGGCAACACUGAUAUCCCAUCAAAGUUUACAUUCCAAUAUUAGAGACCUGGGAAAAAAGCUCAGCUUUCUACAAUAAAAUUUCUUAGCAAUUCUGGAGCACAGGUCACUUUUGAUAACAAACCUACUAUUGUGUUUUUGCUAUUUUUCUUACUGUCCCGCUGGGUUAAGGCUUAUCAUGAGAUUCCGAAUCUACAAGAGGAAAGUUGUAAUACUGACUCUGGUGGUUGUAAUCUGUGGAUUUGCCUUUUGGAGUAGUGGGAAACAGAAAAAAGGAAGUGCUGUAUUUCCUAAGGAAGCAGAGACUGUUAAGAGGAGUAGCAUUAGCAGCCAGGCACAGGUCACAGUACCUGUAACUCGGAAACCAGUCAACGAAACGCCUCCAGAAAAACAAGUGGCCCCCAAGCCUGAGGUGGAUAAUAGCACUCUGGUGUAUCGGGGCAUUGUGUUCCAACUCAACUUUGACCAGACUUUGAGAAAUGAGGAGAAGUUCGGCUCAGUGCGGCAGAAGGAUGACCUGGUGGUAGUGGUUCAGGUUCACAACCGGCCAGAGUACCUGAGGCUGCUUGUAGAAAGCUUGAGAAAAGCAAAAGGCAUAGAGAAUGUCCUGCUAAUAUUCAGCCAUGACUUCUGGUCUCCAGAGAUCAAUCAAGUAGUAUCAUCCAUCGACUUCUGCCUUGUACUCCAAAUAUUUUUUCCUUUCAGCAUCCAGCUCUACCCUCACGAGUUCCCUGGAAAUGACCCCAGAGACUGCCCCAGAGACAUUUCCAAGAAAGACGCCUUAAAACUCGGCUGCAUAAAUGCAGAGUACCCGGACUCGUUUGGCCACUACCGUGAGGCCAAAUUUUCUCAAACCAAACAUCACUGGUGGUGGAAGUUGCAUUUUGUGUGGGACAGAGUACGUGCGUUGAAGGAUCACAAAGGACUAGUCAUGCUUAUUGAAGAAGACCACUAUUUAGCACCAGACUUCUACCAUCUUAUCAAGCUGAUGACAUCUCUGAAGCGAGAGCAGUGCGCUGACUGUGAUAUUCUUUCACUGGGGAGCUAUGGGCAUAUUGGCUAUGCCAGCAAAGCCAACAGAGUGGAGGUGAAGGCCUGGAAAUCCACAGAGCACAACAUGGGCAUGGUCAUGAACAGAGAGACGUAUGAGAAACUCCUCCAAUGCACAGAUGCCUUCUGCACUUAUGACGAUUACAACUGGGAUUGGUCCCUACAGCACCUCACCGUGGCUUGUUUGCCCACUUUUUGGAAGGUCAUGGUGAGUGAAGCACCUCGCAUCUUUCAUGCUGGCGAUUGCGGCAUGCACCAUAAGAAGUCAACCUGUAUGCCCAACAGUCAGAAGACAAAGAUAGAAAACAUUCUUCAGAGCAGCACCAACCAGCUGUUCCCAAAAACUUUGCUCAUCACAAAGAGACUGCCUGCGUCAGGGGCUGGGGGAGUGGCCCCUCAUGUUAAAAAUGGAGGAUGGGGGGAUAUCAGGGACCAUGAACUCUGCAAGAGCUAUCUUCGGUUACAGUGACCUUAUUCUCUUUUGUUUGUUCGUUUGGUUUGUUUGGUUGUUUUUUUUGCAUCCUCUAAUGAAAGCCUUUACAAAUUCUUAAUGGACUAUAUCUUUAUAUUGCCUGUUUUGUUGAAAUAUUCCAAAUAAAAAAGUAUGUGGGGUU